CCCAAAGUAUGCAAAUAUGCAUUUAUCUGCCGUGUCGCCUCGGCUGUGUCUCGUCGCCCUUGCAUUUGGUGGAUGGACGGUGGGUGCAUCGCCCGAUGGCUGCAGGACCCGACCCAGAGGGCUAACUCUCGCACUGUAGCUUUGACUAGGCAAUAGGGCUUCUUCCGUGGCGUGUAGAGUGGUCUCGUGUAGUUUCACGCACACUGUAUGCCGUGAAACCACGACGCUCCCAAUGGCCCGAUAUUGGAUGUCUCCUGGCCCUUGGCGGGACCCCUCGCCCGGGCAUCUGUCACUUUUGUUGCUUUUGCCGUUGAAGCUGGAUGUAUGUCUCGUAUCAGAAACAUGUAUGGCCUCGCACGGGCGACGAGGGAGGUAUCUGCGUCUGCUAACUUCUAGACGAAAGCUACUUUCUUCAUGCAGUAGCUUCAGACUGUCUCACCACCACCAAAAAGAAGCUUCCGAUCUGCCCUUGUCUUGUAGACACGCCUUCUGUGGCCUUUGUGACGCGUUCCCGGGACCAGGAAGAAAGCACAGCUUUGCUACCCCACGUUGCUGCAUUGUGCCUGGCUGGGCCGUCCCCCCCCUCCGUGAUGCGUCCCGUGCCUGACCCGGUGUGCCGAGCAUUCCCAGACCGGUGAUGUUUGCUCUUAUCUGGCUGAAUGUCAAGUCCGAUGAGGCCAUCUGCAGCUAGGAAUGGCGGUGGGUGACGGAUGGAAUUCGAAGCUUUCAUGCCAAUAGACGCUAAGCGGUGUCGAAGAGCUGUGUGCGUGGAUGAGUCUUUGCUGUUAAGAAGUGUGGCUCGCCCAUCGUAUGAUGGAUGUGCAAGAUCUACACUACACAGUUAACGACAGCUUUCUACCGGCCUGCAUCGUGGCCUCCGUCGUACAGUUCGGCGAGCUGAGUGACCUUUGCCGUCCGUCUCCUGCGUCAACCCACCCGCGCCGUUGCCUUCUCGGCCGUCUGUCACAUUUUCUUUGCCCCUAAAAAGGCAGAAUCGGGAUUUCCUUUUUCUUCGCUUUGUCUGCCGUUGUACCCUUUGUUUGCUUGUUCCCGCACCACAGCUGUGCUUUCUUUUCGUAUUUGCUUUUUGGCAUACACCUGCAGCAGCCGCUCAAAGCCCUGCCUCACUCUCCGCUGGGGGUGCCUCAUACAUAUUGCUCGUCAAACCUCCUCGUUCGAUAGUUUUCUUCCCUGCUUUCCUAUCCAAAUUAAUACACACAUUUCGGUUUAAUUAUAGGACGGAAUAGCGACAUACAGGAGGAAUAAAUAUGGACCGACUUCGACACCCAAUUAUACCGGUCCCACCGCGGGCACAUUCACCGGCGUCAUCUCGCACUUACACGCCACCGAGUGCACGCACAUAUGUUCGAGCUACACCGAACCCAGUCCCUCUUCACAUUAACAGCACAUAUACGGGGUUUCCUAAUCUCCCAUCGAGACGGAAUUCUACGACUUCUUGGGUCACUCAGGAGAAAUCGAUUAAAUAUGGAAAGGGCAAAUACUCUGAUGUCGAGCUGGUGCCUCAGCCUAGCGAUGACUCUGAAGAUCCUCUGAAUUGGCAAACAUGGCGAAAAGAUCUCAACUUGGCUGCUCUGUUAAUCAUGGUUGGUCUCUGCAACGGCAUGAAGACCGCUCUUCUGCCUACCAACGCCGCCAUUACCUCACACUUCAAGACGAGUUAUACGACAGUUGCCUUCUUGACGGCAGCACCUCUCCUUCUCUCAGUACCGUCGGGCCUGUUGAGCUCUAUUCUAGCCCGUCUCUGCGGGAAACGACCUCUCUACCUUGCUGGUACAAUGGUUGCUUUGAUCGGAUGCAUUUGGAACGUCACAGCAUUUGACGACUAUGCUUCUUGCCUAGGAGCUCGUCUCUUUCAGGGUCUAGGAUGGAGCAUCUUCGAUACAUUGGUGCUAUCAUCCAUUCAAGAUACCUAUUUUGAACACCAGAGAGAUCUGAGAGUCAUCAUCUACAAUGUCUUAUCUAUAUCCACUACCUGGGGUACUCCCUUGGUAUCUGGAGCUCUUGGAGCGUCUUCAUUCACUGCCCCAUUCAACGUCAUUGCGAUUUUCUUCCUUUUUGCAGUCCCUAUGAUCGCCUUGGCAGCACCCGAGACCGCCUUCGAUCGAGCCAGCGCUUCUGAGCCACCAACGCCUGUUUCUGGAUUUACUCUCUCCCGUCGAUGGCAGCCAUGGCGACUCAAGCACCGCCUUACCAAGGAUCGUCUGACAGACUACUUCAAGAGCAUGAAGCCUUGUACCUUUGCCGGACCUAUUACCAAGUCUAUUGUUUUGCAAAUCCCCAGAGCCAUGUGUGCCCCAACAUCACUUCUGAUCGUUGCUCUCACCAUGAUUCCAGUCUGCGCGCUAUGGGGUCUCGGAAUGUCUAUAUCUCUCCUGCUUAAUGCUGAGCCCUUAUCUCUCGGCCCUGAAAAGGUUGGCACUGUCUUUGUCGGCCCAUGGCUUCUUCCCAUGUUUGUUGUUGCUACCAUCGGUCUUUACCGAGGCGUUCACGUCAAGUUCAACAAGGCUACUGUCAUUCUUAUUAUUGGCUGCGGCUCGGCUCUUGCAUUGGUCGGAAUCCUCGCCUUUGGUCUAGGUCUCUUCAACUUCCUCUCCCCUACCAAGUCUUCGGGCCAGCAACUUUUCUUCACCACCACCUCUGGCCAGGUAUCCGUCCCACUUCUUUCCUUUCAGUUGGCUAUUCUUGCCACAUCUAUUGCAGUUCUGGAUACUGCUACACGUCCCCUCCUUACCCGUUCCGCUUCUUUCACUUCAUCAAACAUGGCUAUUGCUGUCCGUUCCAUCGGUGACAUGAAUACUGCCGUCAUCCUGUGGCGCAAUCUUUUCACAGCCAUUUUCAUCGUGGUCAUUCCUUACGUUAUCAAUGCCUCCCCUCAGACCGGGAUCAAAGGACUAACCAUUGGCCUUACUACUGUCCAGGCCAUCAUAGCUACCCUCGUGGUGCUCAGCCAAUUGUUCUUUGACUCGGCUAUCUGGCGAGCAGACGGUAAGAUCAUGGGCCUUGUCGACUUGAGUAGCUUGAAGCUCUCAGUCAGUUUCUUCGACACCGAUUAAAUCGGUAUUUUUUCGUGGCUGCACCGCAUUACAUUCAUUCGUUUUAUUACACAUUUCCUGGUUGGCAAGAUCAGAGUACAUUCAUUUGCCUGGAUGGCAUAUUUCCUUCUAUAGGAACCCUUUUUUCUUCCUUUCCAACGGAUUCCCAUAUUACGCUCUUUAUGAUUCAUGGACACGUCCCUGCCACUCAUUUAUACCCUCUUGAGCUCCGCUCUACACUUUAACAUACCCCCUCGGUCAUUACCAAACCAGCGCCUCGCACGGCAAUGUUUUAUUCUAUGCAACAUGUAUGAUUUCUUCUCAGAUCGGAAGUACACUACCGAUCAUAUGUUAUACUAUGGCCAUUGGGCCUUAAUUCACGCCGGCAUCACCGGCUUAUCAUUUACUGGAUACACUGGAUAGCAAAAUUUUGUAUACUAGCUAUUUUCGAGCCUCGGUUCAACUGUACGACGCUCUACCACCAAAAAGACAUCAUUAGACCCG